AUGAAACGGUUCGUCAUCCGCUCGGUGCGCGGUAUGGCCACGCAUGGAGUUUCGUCAUCACCCAUCCGACUGGAGGUACUCGGAUACGACAGUUCCUUCAUCACCAUUGCGGUCGACGGCAAAGUAGUCAGAUACAAUAACGUGUUUCUGCGAGAUGCAUGUGAACGACCAGGAAAGUCUAUCCAUGCCGAUUCUCGCCAAAAAUUAUUCACCACAGCGUCAAUAGAGACUUCUCUCCACCCAACUGCAGCUCCUCACGUGACACAACAGGGCCUCGAAGUGGACUGGUUUGACGGAGAGGGCAAAAUACCUCACAGAUCGUCGUAUUCGGCGGAUUUUUUGAAAAAAUAUUCCACAAUCCAAGCUCGCCGAACUGAUGUUCAGCUUGAAGAACCAGUUCUAUGGGAUGGAGCGGCAAUUCGAGAAGCCCUGCCGCGCAUCACAUUCAGCCAUAACGAGUACAUGCAUAAUGAUCAUGUGUUUGCGACAGCGUUGCGAAACCUGAACAAAUACGGCCUGAUUUUUGUCAAUGGAGUUCCAGAUCAGUCCAGCUCAGAAUCAUGGUUUGUUCAGUCAAUAGCGGAGCGAAUUGGUUACGUUAAACGUACGUUCUACGGAGAUUUGUUUGAUGUGGUUUCUAAGCCCAAUGCUGAGAACCUGGCUUACACCAACACUUUUCUCCCACUACACAUGGAUCUUCUGUAUUAUGAAUCGCCACCAGGAAUUCAAUUGCUUCACGCUAUUCAAAAUUCGACAGCUGGUGGAGAAAACAUUUUUUCUGACUCUUUUGCAGCUGCGCAGACUAUUCGCGAGAAGGACCCGCAGGCUUACUUUGCUCUGACUACUGUACCUGUUCCGUACCAUUACCAUUCAAAUGGCGAGCAUUACUACUACUCAAGGCCUGUGGUGGUUGAGGACGAUUCUGCUGGACUUUCUUCGCGAUUUCGGGAAUGUAAUUACUCUCCGCCUUUCCAAGCACCUUUCGAGUUCGGAAUCACUCAUCCCGUAUCGCUGCAGGUCGAAGAGGAAGUUGCAAAAGCCGCAGGGGUUUCGCGGGAAGUUGCCAUGAUGAACAAUUCAACAAGCGCAAUGGAAACUGGUGAUUCGUAUCUUUUCAAGGAUUUUCUGGACGGGUUUCGAAAUUUCGAGGAUUUGGUGAAUGACCCAGUCAACCAGCUUGAGGUCAAACUUGCGGAAGGAACGUGCGUUGUUUUUGACAAUCGUCGUAUUCUCCAUUCACGCAAUGAAUUUAAUUUCGUAAACGGAAAAGGCGAAAGAUGGCUGAAAGGAUGUUAUCUUGACCGGGAUUCAUUUCAUUCCAGGUUGCGGAUGUUAAACGAGGAGGGAGCGUGA